AUGAGCCAUCGUGACAGUGCCCUAUUAGCCAAAUAUCAGAAGGGGGAAGAGGACAACGGAUUUAUCAGGACGCAUUACUUCAAAAAGGUCGAAGGAAAAAAUCUUGAUAAAAAUUUGGUGAGUCUUGAAAAGAUGUUCCUUCCAGAUGAUAUAUUCCUUGACGUGUAUAUAAAUGAAAAGGAAAGAAACAACUUCGACUUUUACCUGAACAAUUUAAUCGAUGAAAAGAGGAGGACAACAGACUUUUUGACCAGGUGGACAAACAUCGAGAUCAGCAACAUAUACAACUAUAUCCUUUAUAAUAACGCAUCCUGUAGCAACGUGAUGGAUGAUAAAAAGGGGCACUUGGUGUUGAAGCUGAAAUACACAAACGAAAAUAAAACGAUUACUUCCUACUUUAAGGUCCACUGCCGAAACGUGAAGUGGGAUAGUGAGAACAAGGUCUGGCACAUCCCCAUCUUUUACAUUUAUGAGAUGACCAAGCUCACUAUUUUUCUGGGCGGCACCGUCAGCGACACGGUUUUGUACUACGUCUGCAAGCUGUUUAGCCACUUCGCCUCUGCGCGGGAGGUGGGGGGCCAACCGACCAACCGAUCAACCGAGCAAACGAUCAACCGAUCAAACGAUCAACCGAUCAACCGAUCAAACGAACACCCGAUCAACGAAUCGAUCAGCCAAACAAAUGUGGGGGAAACCGGCAGGGAGGGCCCAGCUACCCCCAGUUCAAACCAGCCGACGAAUCUGGCCAAUCCCCCCAACCACUACGACGUGUCCUUGUUCUCGCGCAAGGACAAGCGCGGGUUCGUCGAGCACGUCGCGAAGAGCACCAUGUUCGCCAUGCAACACAUAAUCCUGCACAACCCAGUGAGGAGCGACUCCGUGCAAGUGAAAAUCAUUCCCUAUAAUGAGGAAGUGGUCCGCAAGAUGAAAGAGCUUAACCUCUUCCAUUGGGACAAAACGGAAAACAUUUGGACAGUGAAGAAAACAAAUUUUAAAACGUUCCAUACAAGUGUCAUCAAAGGGUUAGAUUACAAGUUGUGCUCCUACUACGAUUGCUACAAGUUUGCUAAGCAGCAGCUGCUCGUAGAAGGAGGCUCUUCCUUGGGGAACACUUCCAUUGUCACUUUAGCUACUUCCAAAAAGGGCGAGAACAAAAUAAGUUCUUUAAAAAGAAAGAGGAAAUUACCAGAUAUCCAAAUGAAGAAAACAAAGCAAAACUGCAAUUUGAACAUUUGUUACGAGAGUACAGACUCGUCAUACUCAGACGAGCUCUCACACAACGUGGAUGCAAGUUACUACGAAGGAAGAGAACAAGUAAAUAAAAUAAAGUUAAUCGGGGCGGCAAAUAACUACUACAGAGAUAUUAUCUACAACAAACUGAACAAACUGAAACAUUUGAAGCCUCCAAAUUUUACCUAUGAUCCAAAAGGACUAAUAACGAAAAAUGGUGCAGGAACAAAAGGAAUCGAAAUUUACGAUAUGCCAAGUGACAUAAACGAAUGGAACAAAAUAAGUUUUUGUAUCGUCCCAGAUGAAAAAGAACAUGUAGAUUUAUAUGACCCAAAAAUUUUGUGUAGCCUAGUUAGUGAUGUAUACAUGCUGAAGGAAAAAGCAAUUGAUAUCAUUUUAAAAAAAUUUCAAAGAUGGCCUGAAUACACCGAUGUCUACUGGAACAACAUUUGCACUGAAAACGAAUUCAUUGUGAGGAACAAAAAUUUCAACACCAGACAAAAGCUAGCUCACGAUAGACUUUUCAGCAAACAAUUUUUUUAUAUAUUCAACAUUGGGAGUGUGAAGCAAUCCAAUUAUUACGAUGCGCUAUUUUUGUGUAAAGCUUUAAUAACUCUUGGCGAGGGAAAAAUUGUCAAGGACCCUCUUGACGCUGAGUACAUUGUCGUUGCCAAUUGCAACGAUCCAAAUGCCGUCGACUUUUAUAAUUCCCUGCAGGGUAAGCAGAAAAAGAAGAAGCUCCCCUUGUUCGUCACUCCCACCUUUAUCUACGACUGCAUUUUGAACUAUUCCGUGUCUUACCCCUCCAAGAAUAAAAGCCACUUUUCCUUCACCUGA